CCAUACAGAAAAAAAGCGAUGACGCAGUACACACAAGACCGCUGCUCGUCGCUCAGGAAACGGGCUGUGCUCGAGACAGAUUGCAUUAUGAACACAUCUUUCGCCUAGGCAUUCGAACAAUUAUGCAUUGCUACUUACUUUAAGAACAGGCCAUUUAUUUAAGUUUUAAUGCUUAAUAUUAUUGAGUUAUUAGAUCCCGUGUUAGCAGUGAGUCAGCUAGCUAUCAAGCAUCUUCUGACAGUGACAUUUCUGUCUCUGCCUUGUGCUGUGUUCUCCGUCUUGGAAUGGGAUCGCAGACUGAUGUUCCGAACAGCUUAGUGACUCAAACGAACAAAUCCAGAUCCUCUGUCUCUGAGUGACGCAGCUAUGUAUGUGUUUGGGCCCCAUGGUUGACUGCCAGGUGUGUGUAGUGUUUUUAGUCCCCGUACUCCUCCAUAGCCAACCCCAGCCCAAUAUCCCCCAGCCCAAUAUCCCCCAACCCCAGCCCCAUAUCCCCCAGUCCUAACCCCAGCCCAUUUAACCCUGUCAGAGUAUUUUGCUUGAACUAGCCCCUGUCUAAGUCCUAGCCCCAGCUCCAAACCCGUGCCCCUUUGCCCCUAGAUCCUUCUCCUUCCUUUCCUCACACCAGCCCCCUUGCCCAUUCAAUUCAAACCACCCACUUCCAGACCUAGCACCAGCCCCACUCCCAACCCUGUUCCCCCAGCCCCACACUCUAUCCGCCAGCCCAACUCUCUAUCCCCUACCCCUCUCUCCUGGCCCACCACCAUCUAUCUCCAGCCCCACGUCCAGCCUCCGUACCAUGCUGGGGAGAAACAUGUCCCAGAAGCUGAGUGGGCUGCUGAUAAUCUUGGGGCUGGCGUGGGGGCUCAUGUUGCUGCGCUACACCGUGCAGCAGCCGCGCCACAAGAGCAGUGGCGAGCUACGCCAACAGAUCCUGGAGCUGAGCCGGCGAUAUGUCAAGGUGCUCAACGAGGAGAACCAGAACACACUGGGAGGACCGCAAGGCCCCUCCAUGGCCGGUUAUGCUGAUCUGAAGAGGACCAUAGCAGUGUUGCUGGACGACAUCCUGACGCGCCUGGUCAAGCUGGAGGGAAAGAUAGAGCUGGUGGCCAACACUUCAGCCACUAACUCCUCCCAUCCUGCAGCAGGCUCCCUGGCCUCAGCUCCAGUUGCCUUACACAAGCAGGACACGCCAGGCAACCCCCGCCUGGAAACGCCUCGCCUCCCUCCCUCCACACACACACAACAGACCUCGCCCAGGGAUCAGUGAUUAACUCAUGGGAGGAAGAAAAGAGUGAGGAUGUAUUCUAGAUCAUUUCAAACUAACCUAACCCUGAGAAAGGUCUGACUGCCUGUACCUUUCCAAUAACUACUUGGCUGAUUGACAUUUUCUUACAUAGACAUUUGAGCAUCUUUUUUAAUACUAUCAGUCAUGGACUCUUAGGCAUACGUUUUAGAUUCCCUAAUUGUUUUUUCAUGAAAGGGUCUUCAAACCGGGAUGUCUCUGAGGAUGUCUGUGGGCAGCAACAAAGCAUCAACAACAGUAGAGGAAAUGAACUCUGUGGAGUCUUCAAGGAAGCUGAUGAUGAAUAUGAAUGGCACAGCCACCCCGGUAUUAUAUCCCUUGGACAGACCGACUACGAAUUUGCUGUACUGCUUCUUUAAAUCUCAUCCAUAUCAGAAGUUGCUGAACUAAACAAUGCACUCAUGGUAGUUUUGGAAAUGAUGUAUUUGAGUUUGCAGAAGCUCCUGGUGCUUAAUAUGUGGAUUUGAAAAGUCCCUUUUUAGCUUUUUUAUAUAUAUACAUAUAUAUGAUAUAAAAAAAACGAUUUAGCUGUUGUACAGUAGACUUUUUUUUUAAAGGAUAAAAGUGAUAAUCCAAAGAAUUUUAUUUGCACUCUCCUUGAAGGCUUCAAAAAUGUAUUUUUACUUUGAUUUUAGAUGGUGUAUAAUAAGUCGAAUGUAACUGUCAAUAAGCAGAUGAUUACCAAGUGGUUACAAUUGAUCAAUUCCAACUACAUCUCUAUCCUCUUUGUCAGUACCCAGACUGUUAGUCCUUGUUGAUUCCCCUUGCAGAUACGAAUGGUUAGGGUCAGGACUUUUUCCUGACUGACCAGUAAAAACUCCUAUCCCAA